AUGUCUAAUAGUUCAAAUUUUAUAGGAGUACAGUAUAAUUGUUUUCGAAAAAGAGUUGAAACAAAAGAAAUAGAUUUAUCUUUCAACUUUGUGAGCAAUAAUAGUUUUGAUAACGACUAAAUUGGAAGAAAUUACUUUUCAAGAAUUAUGUCAAGAAGAAAUGGUAAUAAACGAAUUGACACUCAGGAAUCAUCAAUGACUAUAAGAAAGCAGUUGAGAUUUCCUACAUUAGAAUCAAAAUAAACAAUAAAAAAAACAGAAAUUGGAAAAAGCAUAGGGUUCUAAAUUUAACCAAUGUAAAUGUAACUAAAAAUCUGUAAUCUAAAACCUCCUGAAUCAUUUACAAUAGAAGAUCUUUAAGAUCAAAAAAGAGCUUAUUGUAUGAAAUAAUAUAGAAAGUAUCAACAAUAAAGAUUAUUUCAAUAAUUGAUUAUUAAAAAUUAAAGCAUAAAAGAAACCAUCUAAACAUGGAUAUAAUCCUAAAAAAAAUGA